AUGAAGUUUGUGUUUGCGCUAUCGCUGAUGCUGUGUUACAGUUCAGCUCAGAGUGCUGAUCCAAGUGAGUAUAUUGUACAGUCCAACCUAUGAGUGACUACCUUUCGUAAUAAGCGACCAUGUAAACAAAACACCAAAACUUUCCACAGUUGGUACCUCUAGUAAACGACCACCUCCUGUAAUUGCGACUGCGACCACACUAUUUGGGUCUGACGGUUUAAUGAUUUCCAUUGGUUUUAACCUUGUAAGCGAGCACUUCAUGGUCCUUCAAGCAUUGUCUGAUCUCUAUUUUGGCAGUGUGAACUAUGCUAACAGGAAUAUACGGAGAACUUUAGCAAAACAUGGAACUACACACUUGCAAUAACUUAUCUUCCAUGAAAAAAGCUGUGUUCGGACACCUUCUUCUUAAGCGGUUAUGGAGUCUGCAUUUUUGGUGCUCUCUUAUGGGGGUUCGCAUGUAUUUUUAUCGCGCAGAAUAUACUAUACGCCCCUAUUUUUGUCCUGUCCGUCCACCCAAUCAGUUGACAUGGAGAAAACAGAAACUAGUGUUUAACUACCAAACAUCUGGCGACUUUUCUUCUUUAAGUUUUUUUUUGUGGCAAUUUUCGUUAUCCACCUAUCGUGUUUAAAAAGCUCAAUCACCCUAGGUCAGAUUUGAUUUCAGGUAAUAUCCUGUAAGUUUGCGACAUUGCAUUUUUAAACCAGUGGGAAAAUAGAGGGAUUUAGGAAAUUUGUUUUAAUUUGUUAUUGAAAAAGCAAAAUCCGUAGAAAAAGGAACGUUGAGGGCGACACCUCAAAGUUCUCUAUUGAUUAAUAGAACACAAGUUGACGUGUAGAAUUACAAUCUGAUUUUGUAGGAUGUGGUUCUGUGGUAAACAACACCUUGACAAGUCCUGGAUUUCCAAGAAAAUACCCAAAUAACAUGCACUGUGUGCACAACGUUUCCAUUCCAUCAGGAAAGGCACUGAAGCUCAAUUUUGCAACUUUUGAACUGGAAUUACAUUCUCGGUGUGGGUAAGUAAUUUUUUAACAACAGAGAGAUUUAGAGUUACGUUAACUGCAAACGGCAAACGUGAGAUUCAAGUUGAGAGUAUCUCAAAUAAAAAAUAGCAGGUAAAAACAGCUCAAAGCAAUUCUUAUGGAUAAAACUGGCGUGAAACAAUUUAUUUAACCUUUUUGUAGAAGUAAUGAACAGUAAACGUCAAGAAAAGGGAAAACUUGGUCACGUGGUACAGAUUCACUUUUGCCAUUUAAAGUUAACGUGACAGAUGACAAACAAUUGAAAACCACUUAACUGACUCGGCUUUGGUAAGAGUAGACUAGGAACUUAACUUAAAGCGAUACUUAUUACUCUAAAACUUAACAUUUUUGCUAGUAAAAACAUACCCACAAAUUCCGAAGUUCGGCUUGUACGCUGCAAGUUUGCGAAUCUGUGAUAUUAGGCCUAGAAGUAAGGCAAAAUCCAGGCUGACAGGUAAGUAUAUUCCCCCGGGAAAAACACCGGCGAAUGAGAAUAGCCCUCUCUUUUUAAAAUUAAGAUAGACCUGGCUUUAGAAACUGAUCAUGAUAACCCGAAGAAGGAUGUAGAACACACUGAUACUCUUAAAAUUGGACGCUGAAAAUGAACAAAACUUUGAAUUUUGAUUUGGAAAGAAAUAGUAAUUAUUAGGUAAAAAGAAUAACACAAAAAGCCAUCAGAAUUCCUUUGACUUAACACAGCGUUUUCUACCAACAUUAAGCACAGUUUAACUCCAUGGCAAGAUUUUAACGAUCCCCUUCCCGCACUGAUAGAUCACGCGGAGCCAAACCAUCCUCCAAAUUGGGUUCCAAAUGUGUCAUUUGCUCUCGGAUAAAAAAAAAAAAAAAAAAAUUAAGUAGAGUAACAUGUAUAGAAACCAUGAUAUUUUGUGAAAGAUUACUUCCGAAAAAAAUAUAAUUUCUACGAUUUCUUCGAUUCUUUCCUGUCCUAAAAUACUGCCUAAACAGUGCAUUCAUUAGUCAUUGACCAGGUGCGGGCAGCUUUUACUUCAUUAGUAUGGUACUGUUGUUUCGGCGCAGACGGCUCUCUCUCGAAAUGUUCCUAGCGGCAGAGAGCGAUGGGAGUCGGCUGUUUCGCAGCCUAAUGAACAAAAUUCAAACUAUUAUUUACAAAAUCGAACUUCGUUGCUGGUGCUCAUAGAUAGCGGGCUCAAAAGGUGCAGAGAUGUCUCACUGGUUAAACCGAGAUCUGACCAAUGAUAUGGUUUUCGAUCUGGAAAAUGCCAUAGCUUUUUUAAAAUCCAAAUUAAGACUUCACGCCUCAAGGUUUUUACGUGAGUUGAGAUGAGUUAAAUCUCUUUUACAGGCCUUUGUCAUCUGUAAGUAAGUCAAAAGCAAGAGAACAUAAAAACCUCUUGUUGAACGUUAAUUGGCAUUUGUAGACGGUGGCAAUUCGACUGCUCGGGAGUGACUCGAGUGCAACAUAAAAUAAAGGAAUUUGAUCGGCGGCUUGAUAUUCCACAGAAACGUUUGGAGCUUCCUUAACUCCACCAUAAAGCACGACUCGCAAUUAGUUGAGGCAGGACAACAUAAAAGGCUUUUAUGUUCUUUUGGCGGUUAGGGUUAUUUCUAAGAAUUUAACUGCCCUUGAGAAGUGAAAAGCAUAUUUUUUCUCUUCUAGGUAUGAUUAUUUGACGAUUGUAGAUGAUGACAACAGAACACAUGGUACAUAUUGUGGGCGCGAACUUAGUGGAAAGGUAGUUUUGGUCACUGGAAACUACGCAUUAAUAACAUUCCACUCUGAUGGUAUUGUACAAUCCCCAGGAUUCCGGCUCACGAUA